AUGUCCUUCGUCAAAGAUUUCACCCCAAUCGCCUUAAAGGAUACCAACUUAUUCAAGCCAAUCCAAAUCGGUGACGUUGAAUUGAAACACCGUGCCGUUAUGCCUCCAUUAACCAGAAUGAGGGCUCAUCACCCAGGUAACAUCCCAAACAAAGACUGGGCCGUUGAAUACUACGACCAAAGAUCUAAAUACCCAGGUACUUUGAUCAUCACCGAAGGUGCCUUUAUCUCCCCUCAGGCCGGUGGUUACGAUAACGCUCCAGGUAUCUGGUCCCAGGAACAAGUCGUGGAAUGGACUAAAAUCUUCAAGAAAAUUCACGAAAACAACUCCUACGUCUACGUCCAAUUGUGGAACUUGGGUAGACAAUCCUUCGCAGACACCUUGGCCAGAGACGGUCUACGUUACGAUUCCGCCUCCGAUAACGUCUACAUGAGCGAGGAACAAAAGGAAAGAGCCUUGAAAGCUAACAAUCCACAACACGGUAUCACCAGGGAAGAAAUCAAACAAUACAUCAAGGAAUACGUCCAAGCCGCUAAGAACUCUAUUGCUGCCGGUGCCGAUGGUGUUGAAAUCCACUCCGCCAACGGUUACCUAUUAAACCAAUUCCUAGACCCAAUCUCCAACAAAAGAACUGACGAAUACGGUGGCUCCAUCGAAAACAGAUCUCGUUUCGUGUUGGAAGUCGUCGACGCUGUCGUCGAAGCUAUCGGCCACAAGAAAGUCGGUAUCAGAUUCUCUCCAUAUGGUGUCUUCGGUACUAUGUCCGGUGGUGCUGAGCCAUUGAUUGUCGCCCAAUAUGCACACGUUAUUGGUGAAUUGGAAAAGAGAGCUAGACAAGGUAAGAGAUUGGCCUUUGUCCAUUUAGUCGAACCACGUGUCACCGACCCAUUCUUAGUCGAAGGUGAAGGUGAAUACGACCAAGGUACCAACGACUUCGUUUACUCCAUCUGGAAGGGUCCAAUUAUCAGAGCCGGUAACUUGGCUCUACACCCAGAAGUCGUUAAGGAAAUGGUUAAGGAUGACAGAACUUUGAUUGGUUAUGGUAGAUUCUGGAUCUCCAACCCAGAUAUCGUUGAAAGAUUAGAAAAGGGUUUACCAUUAAACAAAUAUGACAGAGAUACCUUCUACGCUAUGACUGAUAAGGGUUACUUAGACUACCCAACCUAUGACGAAGCUGUUAAAUUAGGUUAUUGA